AUGUCACCGAAACGGGCGCACUCAAUAAAAUCUCUGAGUCUCUACGACUUGCACCGCAUACUCCCGCACCCAGUACUAACCGAACAACUAGCCGAUUUCAUACAACAUGUGCGGCGAUAUGGGGUGGUAGAGGUGAACGCAAUUGGUGCAGUAUUGCAAGAUUUUAAAAGAAUCGGGGAGUAUCUGGCAGCACAUGCCUCUAGUGAGCAGUUCGACGGCUUGCUCACGGAGGUCGAAUUCUGGCACUACCCUGAUGCCGAUGUGAAGUAUGCAGAUUUUGCUGCUCUGCUGCAAGAAAUAAAGACGUUCAACCUAACCGCACGUGGCAAAUCAAUGCCACUUGGUGCCUAUCUGGGCUAUCUGGAUGAUUCCACAGGCGCCAGCGCUAUCGAAAAAGCAACAACGAUAUCGGCACUAACCGACAGUAUUUACUUGCAUUGUUACGGUCAGCAAGGAUACCAGACCUUUGGCGUGUGUCAGGAACGUUUGCAAUUGUUUGCAGAUACCCAGGCGUCGGUCAAAAUUAUACCCAUCUUCAGUGCGGAGGGUGGAGAAUAUCAUGCUGCCUACCCUUUCCAAGGGGACUUUUUUCGAGCCACUGGAAUUGACAGUGGCGAGGCGCUCUUCCGCGAGGCAUUCACAGCCGAUACACAUGUCGCAAACUCGAAUUUGCAACUGGCAAGUUUUCAAUAUUAUGAAUACAGGUAUCUUGGUCGCUACCUGCCCACGACAGAAAGCCACACUAGUCUGGGCUGCUCUGUGAGAAAAGCUGCGAAAGUCCUUUGA